AUGUAUCCAUUUCUUCCCUGGAGUCAUAACCAGGCCAGUAUUCGCUCCACUCCGAGUGAGGCCAGCCCCAGCACACACCAUGUGUCCUUCAGCUUCAGCUUUGGCAGCGCCUACUCACCCACGGCCAUGCCUCCUCCUCCUCCCCCUUCUCCUACCGACUCGUUGCUCGACAUUACCCCGCGCAAGUGUUCCUUUUCACAUGGUUACUCGAUGAACAACGCCUGUGCCUUCCCAUCAUGGCCCAAUCGCCCGUCUCUGAUCAGCGCCGACUCGGAGGGGUCGAGUGCCAGCGCCUAUCUUUCUGACGAAGAUCUAUUCCCCGAUGGCCCGAUUCCGAGCGAGCUUGCAGUUGACGAAGAAUCUGCCGCCAUCGAACCCUCCAUGGGCGCUGGCGACCUGACUACCGAGCAACAGAUCCAACUCCUCCGUGCGGCGGCUGAAGAAGAAGCUCAACGAGCACAAUUCCUGGCUCAAGUUCAAGCCCAUGCCAAAGCCCAGCAAGCUCUGCGAGUCGCUCAACUGGCGACAGUGGAGCGGGAGAACUCCAAGCGUAAGAAGCGCAAGCCUGUUGUUACAGAGAAAAAACGACGAACCACCUCGUCCUCCAAGGCCGUUGUUUACCGUACAUAG